GAAAGCCCUGCUUCCCAGGAGCCUUGCUAGUUCCCUGGUUUCUGCUGAUUCCUGAGGCCUAGGAAGGCACCCUCCCCCAAAUUCAGAGACCUGACAAUGUCCCUGUAUUGUGGAAUUGCUUGCAGGAGAAAAUCUUUUUGGUAUUUUAGGCUGCUGUCAACUUAUGUCGCUAAGACCCGGUAUUUAUUUGAGCUGAAGGAAGAUGAUGAUGCAUGUAAAAAAGCCCAGCAGACAGGAGCAUUUUACCUCUUUCAUAGCCUGGCUCCUUUGCUUCAGAAAUCUGGACACCAAUACCAGGCUCCCCGGCAUAGCCUACUAGAGUUGGAAAGGCUCCUGGCAAAGUUUGGACAGGACACACAAAGAAUAGAAGACUCUGUGCUGAUUGGAUGCUCUGACCAGCAUGAAGCAUGGUUUGCUCUGGAUCUAGGUCUGACCAGCUCCUCUUCCCAAAAUGCUGCCAUACAGAAACCAGAAAUGGAGACAGAGCUCAAGGGCUCUUUCACUGAGCUGACGAAGGCUCUCUUUCAGCUGAAUACAAAGGAUGCCUCCUUGCUGACCAUGGCUCAGGCUCUUCUCCGUUGGCAUGAUGCUCAUCAGUUCUGUAGCAGAAGUGGGCAGCCCACCAAGAAGAAUAUGGCUGGCAGCAAGCGUGUGUGCCCUUCCAAUAAGAUCAUCUAUUAUCCACAAAUGGCUCCUGUGGUGAUCACUCUAGUGUCAGAUGGGACUCGAUGCCUGCUUGCUCGCCAGAGUUCCUUUCCCAAGGGAAUGUAUUCUGCUUUGGCAGGUUUUUGUGACAUAGGUGAAAGUCUGGAAGAGGCUGUCCGGAGAGAAGUUGCAGAAGAGGUGGGAUUGGAGGUGGAAAGACUGCAGUACUCUGCAUCCCAGCACUGGCCCUUUCCUAAUAGCUCACUCAUGAUUGCUUGUCAUGCAACUGUGAAACCAGGGCAGACAGAGAUCCAGGUGAACUUGAAAGAACUAGAGGCAGCUGGCUGGUUCAGUCAUGAUGAGGUGGCCACAGCCCUGAGGAAAAAGAGUCCAUAUACUCAGCAACAGGACGGGACAUUCUGGUUGCCCCCCAAGUUAGCCAUUGCCCACCAACUGAUUAAGGAGUGGGUGGAAAAGCCGUCCUGCUCUACCUUGCCUGCUUAGCCCAGACUGAGCCACCUAGAUCCCUUCUCAGUAUCCUGGAAGGUCAUAAGAGAGAUCAGUUGAUAAAAGGGGAGGUAACCAAAGGCCAUCUCCAACUUCAUACUAAGACAGAGUGGGAGGUGACCAGGAUGCCUCUAAUAGCAGUGUUAAGGAAGUUCUUAUUCAUAGGCAAUCAAAAUGCCAAACUGAUGUCAAAAUCAGAGGAAAGUCUGAAGCAUUAGUUUGAAAGUAGGCCCCUGUGCAUCCGUUUCAGCUGAGGUCUUGGAAGCAAAGACCUUUCGGCAUGUAUCUCAUUAAUGCUGGGUUUACACUAACUGCCAAAAUGUGCCUGGUAUAAUUUUAAUGUUAACUUAGUAGUGAAGACAUACAGCAAAUCUCAACCCACUACUGAGUUACUUUUCAUCCUCAUAGAAUUAGGAAAAAUUGAACAAUAUAACAUUUAAAAACUCAUGUACAGGUAGUUACUGUGUACAUGGUAUUUAAAUAAAAGUCAUAUUUCUUUAAGUCAUCUGAAGGGAUGAAGAAAGUGGGAGCCAAGGUCUUCCUCAGAGUACUCAGUAAUAAAUCAGAUGCAGUGAUGUUUUGCUGAGGCAACUGCAUCCCAGUGGGGCUUAAGAUAACUAAGUCUUUUGCCAUUACUUGGACAGCUUAUGACCCAAAGAAAAGAUGAUCACUUUGCCAUGUCUUAUUUCCUAAAUAUAAAAUGGUUACUGUCAUUUGCAUACUGUUAAGUGUUAUAACUUCAGCUAAGAGAUUAGUGAGGGUGAACCAUUUCUUGUUUUAUGGGAUAAAUUAAAUUUAGGAUUGCUCAUCAUUCAUAUAUGUCAUUCUAUACCUUGUCAUAGGGGAAAAUUAAUCUGGAGGAAAUAAAAUAAAUUUCCACACCCUG